AUGAUGCGGCGGUCGCUGCUGUACAACCUGCACAGCGCCGAGGAGGGCCCCGGUACGGUGCUCGGCAAGAGGUUCAAGCUCGCCUACCGCUCGCGCCACGGCCUGGUGAAGAUCUACAAGGUGAUGAACGUGAGCGCGGCGAGCAAGGCGUGGGUGAUGGACCCAAAGAACCGCAAGUGUAGCCCGCCGGGCUCGUGGCUGUGCGCCGGGCAGUACCCGCCUGCGAAGGAGAUCCAGGAGAUGCUGGCGAAGCGCAUCGACUACGGCCAGCUGGAGGACUUUAACCGGGGCAAGCGGGACGACGCGUACUACAGGGCGUACAUGCGUCGCAUCCGCAGCGAGUAG